AUUUGCGGCAAAACCUCCUAAAGUGGACAGGUUUUUGCAACUAACCUCCUAAUCUAAAAUUUUGGUGGUAAAACUACCUAAACCACUAGUCCGUUAGCAGUUAGCUCUUUCCAUCCAUUUUUGGCUGUUAACUGCCAUGGUGGAAUGUCCACGUGUACACUGUUUUAUUAGUCCACGUAAUAAAUAUUUAAAAUUGAAAUAAAAAAUUAUUUAUUUUAAAAAUAAAAAAUAAAAAAAUAAAAAAAAUUAAUUUUUUGAAAAUUAAAAAAUUUAAAAUUAAAAAAACAAUUUUACAAAAAUAAAAAUUAAAAAAACAAAAACCCCUAAUUCUUUCUCCUUUUCUUUUCUUUCUUCUUCUUUCUUCUUCUUCUUCUCCUUCUUCAAAUCUGUCGAAGAAGUCUCCCUCGCCACAGACCCAUCCAAAACCUCCGACCCCUUCUUCGCCUUUUCUGAAACCUCUUGCACCGAAAACCUCCGACCCAUCCAAUGCGAAUCAUCAAGCUUCACGCCUGCUUCCUUUUCCCUUCCACAAAUCCCCAUCAUCUACUUCUUACCCUAGCCGAACCCCCCUCCAAAAAUCAGCCCCUUCUAACAGGUUUUUUUCUUUUUUUUUUCUUUCUCUUUUCAGAUCUCUCAACCGUCUUUCUUUUUCUUUCUCUAAGCCUGCGGUUUCUCUGAUGGAUCUGUUCGCCUCUUCCACCUCCCCACGCGUCGAUGAUGGCGUUUUGGUUGACUUCACGGGCUACGGUCGCUGGUGGGUGGGUCGCUGGUGGCUUGCACGGAUACGAUGACGAUGGUUUUAGAUCUGGGGAAUCAUGGGUUGGUCCUUGGUGAGGAAGAAUACGAGGGUGGGCUGGUUAGAAGCAGUGGGAGGAUAAAAGAAGAAGAAGAAAGAAAAGAGAAAGAAAAGAAAAAAAGAAAAAGAAAAAGAAAAAGAAAUAAAUUGUUUUUUUAUUUUUUUAUUUUUUUAAAAUUGUUUUUUUAAUUUUAAAUUUUUUAAUUUUUAAAGAAAAAUAAUUUUUUUUUUAUUUUUUAUUUUGAAAAUAAUUAAUUUUUUUUAUUUUUUUAAAUAUUUAUUUACGUGGACCAAUAAAAUUGUGCCACGUGUAUACUGUGUACACGUGGACAUUCUACCAUGGCAGUUAACAGCCAAAAAUAGACAGAAAGGGCUAAUUGCUAACAGAACUUGAGUUUAGGGAUUUUUACCGCAAAAAUUUUAGAAUUGGGGAUUAGUUGCAAAAACCUCCCUACUUUAGGGGGUUUUGCCGCAAAUAACCCUACUUUUCAUAUAAUAAAUAGUCAGGCAGAUUUUUGCAAUAGAUCAAGGACUCUACAGACUGCAUUCACUCUGAUAGGCUUUGAUUAAUAGUGUAGUAAUUGUUGUACUUGUUGAGUGGUCGAGAAUAUAAAGUGCACCAGCUCAACACUAAAGAUCGAAAUGGAAGAGAUAAAUUAAGCUAAAUGAACCAUGUCUAAUUAACAAUUGUUCCAUUGCCUCUGUGUAAAUUAUAUACAUAUUUAUAUAUAUAAACUUUUUUCUUAGUUAAAUUUAUAAGCAUUUGCUGAUGUCUACCGUAACACAAAACGUUGUCUCCCCUAUUGUUAUUGAUCCUACUUAUCUGUCCACGUGGUCUCAUCGAAUUUGGGUUGCAACUGGGUGCACCGUUGUGCUGGUCUCUUUCAUGAAGUCGAUAAUUAUUGGUGCACCCUAUUCGAGCAAUUUGUUUGUCAUUACUUUGGCUGGUUUGGUUGGGUAUGUGAUGGCUGAUCUUUUGUCUGGAGUUUACCAUUGGGCGAUUGACAAUUACGGAACACCCUCAACUCCCUUCUUCGGUGAACAAGUUAAAGAAUUUCAAGGUCAUCAUAUGUUGCCAUGCUCUAUCACUAAGCGUCAAUUUGCAAACAAUGUGCAUGCCCUUACUCGUGCUGUGACUUUUGCUGUGCUUCCCUUAAACCUCUUAUGUCAUGAUCCAAUCGUUCAUGGCUUUGUUAGUAUAUGCUUUGGCUGCAUUAUGUUUAGCCAACAAAUUCAUGCUUGGUCUCACAGCACUAUGAACCAGCUUCCGCCAGUCGUGGUGGCACUACAAGAUCUCGGCAUUAUUCUGUCGCGAUCGCAACACGGUGCCCAUCAUCGUCCACCGUACAACACCCAUUAUUGCAUAGUAAGUGGGAUUUGGAAUCAUUUCUUGGACAAUCAAAAUGUUUUUAAAACGUUAGAAAAUUUUAUGUUUCUCAAGCUACAGUUAGUUCCAAGGUCCUGGUGUGAAUGCAACCCUAAGUGAACAAAAGGGACUUGCCAUAAUGUUAAUUACUUCAUAUAAUUAAUUUUGGAAUAAUUAUCUACGAUCGCUGCUCUGAAGUCAAUUUUAAUUU